UUGUAAAUUACUAAACCGAUACUCGAUGUAUAGUAAUUUCAAUGACCAUUGCCGGAAAUUUCUGAGUUGGGAACUUAGGACAUAACAGUUGAUAGUUAUAUAGUACGUAUUUCGUUUCGAAGCUUAAAAUAAACAUGAGUUUCAUGGUUUCCAAGUGUUUUUGCAACGUUAUACGAACCUUGUCUCGCUCUAAUUACACGAGUGCCAUAAGCUUAAAAAAUCUACAUCCAAAUAGUUCGUUGAAAAUUACCACACCAUCACCUGAACAGUUGUCAGUUGAUGAUAAAAUUUUCACGGGAUAUAUACCAAUUGAAGAACUGGAUAUCACAUAUAGCACUUCUAGUGGUCCAGGUGGUCAGAAUGUUAACAAGGUCAAUACCAAAGUUGAUUUGAGAUUCAAGGUGGAAUCGGCUAAAUGGCUCAAUGAAGAAGUCCGACGGAAACUUAUCGAUAUUCACCAAAAUAAACUGACUAAAGAGGGAUAUUUGGUAAUUCGGUCAGAAAAGACACGGUCACAACAACUGAAUCUUGCAGAUGCCAUGGAACGAUUACGUUCUCUCGUAUGGAAAGCUACUGAACCUGAGCCAAAGCAAUCUGAAGAAACCAUUGAAAAAAUAAGACGCAGGAUUGAGAAAGCAAAUCGCACAAGAUUGAUAGAAAAGAAAAUGAAAUCCUUGACCAAGAGCAAUCGUCAAGCACCAACAGUGUUCUAAGUACAUGUAUAAUACGUUGCAUAGCGUGCAUUAUUGAUUGAUUCAGCAAGGGAACAAAAUUAUUAUUCACUUUGCUGUAACAUUUUUAUCUUAUAUUAAUAUUUAAUACAAAAUGUUAUUUGUAAAUAAAAUUGAAGUAGUUAUUCAUUCUAUUACAAAGGUUGCUUCUAGUAUCUAAUAUAAUCAAUUUUAAUAAUUCAGUCAUAAAAAAGUCACUACUAUAAAUCAAGUUCGAGUAUACCUUAAUGUAUAACAUUUGAAUUCUAUGUGAUAAAUCAUUGAAUAUAAUGAAACUAAUCCUACUGUUAUUAACUUAAAAUGAAUGCUGUAUUUGGAAAUAUUUGUUGCGUACUAUAAUUAAUCAUGAUUUACAUUAUAGCAAUAAGUUUUAUGUCUUUUCAAAUGCUGUAUCCAUUUAAUAACCACUCAUUAGGAAUUACCUCAUAAUGCAUUUUCAAACCUUAGUUUAUAAAAUUAA